AUGGCCAACAGGACCAAAACUGGUGACUAUAUGGAGGCCAACUUUCAAGCCCAUCAACUUGAAACGGGGACAUCCUUUGGACUCUUGCAACAAGUCUACACCAACAUGGCGAUCUUAGCUUCAGACACGUGGAUGAAACGAGUAUGGCAUGAGCUGGACAUCUAUGUCACCUGUGACUCUCCCGCUCUCUCCCAUCGCUGUACGGACGACUCUCUUCUCAUGGAUCUCUUCAUCAACUUGGAGGUUGACCAAGAGGAACUUUUAUGGCUCAAUUGGUGUCGAAUGUUCCUCCAGGUUUGCACAGUGUCUGACAUUGUGACUGCUGAUGGCAGGUUUAUUCGUCGUUCCGCGUGGAAUGGGCUCAGGGAUGAGUGCUGCCGCUCACCAUACCAAUGGCCAAGGACCGUUCGCCCAGCCCGCCAACACUGGGACCUGUGGCAGACCACCUUGUCUCAAGCCCUGCUUGCCUCCAACGGGCCACAUCACCCACUACAACAGCCUUUAGGGCCCUGGUCUGAUCCUCUGGAGGACUGGAAUUGGUUGCUGUCACCCACUACAGGCCUUUUCCACCGCCAUGGGGCAACCUGGAAACACUUUUGA